GGAGCACUUCCACAUUCCAGAGCAGGAGUGGGCGGGGCGAUGACGCCACCUGUUUCUGAAUGGGACUGCUGCGCAGUGAUCCGGCGCAGAGCCAGAGCGACAGGCGGCCGGGAGCUGCGCAAGGAUACACGGCUGGUCGAACUUUCUAUCAACUAUGGCGCUGCGCGGACUCAACUUUUUCACUUUUUUAGUCGCUAACGGAAUAUUUUUGAGCCUUCAGUCGAAUGAACAAGUGUUGCUGGACAUGAGGUCUUUAGGAUCUGAGUUGGGAUGGUUGACCCUGCCAUACGAGAACGGGUGGGAGAUUGCGCAGACGGUGGUGAAUGGCUCUCCCUUCUACACCUACAGCGUUUGUAACGUCGACUCUGCCGACCAGGAUAACUGGUUGCGCACGACCUUCAUCCAGCGGCGCCCUGGAACCAGCCGCGUCUUGGUGGAACUGCGGUUCGUGGUUCGGGACUGCCACACUUUCGGCAGCAGUUCGGUCGGCUGCAAGGAAACCUUCAACCUCUUCCUCUCCGAAGCGGACGCCGACGUCGGCACCAACUUCCGCAAGGGCCUGUUCAAGAAAGUGGCCACCAUCGCACCGGACGAGAUCACCAAGGGCCGGGAGGUGAAGGUCAACACCGAGACAAAGGUGGUGGGGCCUUUGUCCAAAAAAGGCUUCUACCUGGCCUUUCAGGACAUUGGGGCCUGCGUGGCGCUGCUCUCGGUCCGUGUCUACUACAAGACCUGCCCGUCCACCGUGAUCAGCCUGGCGGCCUUCCCGGAGACGGUGGCGGACACUCUGAGGGAAGUGGAAGGCGAAUGCGUGGAGAACGCCAUCAGUCAAGCCACCCCGCGCAUCUACUGCAGCGCUGAUGGGGACUGGGUGGUUCCAAUGGGGCAGUGCCAGUGUCUCCCGGGUUAUGAAACCACAGGGGACUCGUGCCAAGAAUGCAAACCGGGCCACUUCAAGUCCUCCGUUUCUCUCACGGCGUGUCAAGUUUGUCCUCGAAACACGAAGCCGUCCACCGCCGGUGCCACCGAGUGUCAGUGCGAGGACGGCUUCUUCCGCUCGCCUUCAGACCCUCCAACAUCACCCUGCUCUGCUCCGCCCAGCGCUCCCCGCGACCUCACUGCCACCACCCUGUCUGGAGAGGGCCGCAUGCUGCUGUCCUGGAGCGCCCCGCUGGUGACAGGCAACCGCCCUGACCUCACCUUCAGCGUGGCGUGCAGCAUCUGCGACGGGGCCGCGUGCUCCCCCUGCGGCGAGAGGAUUCGCUUUGAAACAGAGCCCGCAGAGCUCCGGGAGACCAACAUCAUCGUCAGUGAGCUGGACUCCCACUUCAACUACACCUUUACUGUGGAGGCGCACAGCGGAGUCUCUCAGUUUGACCCCGAAAGAGCUUCUGCAACCAUCACUGCUGCUCUGGACUACACAGACCCCCCCAAGGUGACGUCGAUCCAUCUGGAUAAGAGAGGUCCCACCAGCCUGUCUCUGUCCUGGAGUCUGUCUCGCAGACCUCCAGCCCACAUCAGUCACCGUUACGAGCUCAUGUACCGUCGUAAAGAGGCUGAAGGGGAACGCGACGUGACCACCUACACAGUUCGAAUCCUGGACAAGAGCUUUGUUCAGAUCAGCGACCUGACCCCCGACACCACCUAUGUCUUCAAGGUGCAGGCGCUGAGUCCUGAAGGCGCUCCUGGCAGCUACAGCACGGAGCACGAGUUCCACACUUCACAGCUCGCUGAGCGUCAGACCCAGAGCAACUCCACCGUGGUUUUGGGAGCCGUGGUCGGCGUGGCGGUGAUCCUGCUUGCUGUGCUGGCGUUCGUGGUGCUGCGAAGGAGGAGACUGAGCGCUCGUGGCAGGAGAGGAGCCGAGGAUCCCUACUUCUCCACCGACCAGCUGAAGCCUCUGCAGGCCUAUGUUGACCCGCACACCUACGAGGACCCCAACAUCGCCAUCCAAAAGUUUGUGACAGAGAUCGACCCAAACGCCAUCAGCAAGCAAAAAGUCAUCGGUGUCGGAGAGUUUGGGGAAGUGUUUCGAGGCGUGAUGAAGACUCAAGGCCGAGGGGAAGUGACGGUCGCCAUCAAGACUCUGAAGCCGGGCUACUCCGAGAAGCAGAGGCAGGACUUCCUGAGCGAGGCCAGCAUCAUGGGCCAGUUCUCACACCCAAACAUCAUCCACCUGGAAGGAGUCGUCACCAAAUUCAAGCACGCCAUGAUAGUGACGGAAUACAUGGAGAACGGCGCUCUGGAUACGUACCUGAAGGACCACGAUGGGGAAAUGUCUCCAUACCAGCUGUUGGGGAUGCUGCGAGGAAUAGCUGCUGGCAUGAAAUAUCUGUCAGACAUGAGCUACGUCCACCGAGACCUGGCCGCAAGAAACGUUCUGGUCAACAGCAACUUGGAGUGUAAAGUGUCCGACUUUGGGCUGUCGCGCGUUCUGGAGGACGACGCCGAGGGGACCUACACCACCAGAGGGGGUAAGAUUCCGAUCCGCUGGACCGCCCCAGAGGCCAUCGCGUACAGGAAGUUCACUUCAGCCAGCGACGUGUGGAGCUUCGGCAUCGUCAUGUGGGAAGUCAUGGCAUUUGGGGAACGGCCCUACUGGGACAUGAGCAACCACGAGGUCAUGAAGGCGAUCAACGAGGCCUUCAGGCUUCCCGCCCCCAUGGACUGCCCGUCCGCCAUCUACCAGCUCAUGCUGCAGUGCUGGCAGCAGGACCGUGCCAUCCGACCGCGCUUCACAGACAUCGUCAACAUUUUGGACAAACUUCUCCGGAGCCCAGAGUCCUUGAAAACCAUCGCAGACUUUGAUCCGCGCGUCUCCAUCCGCCUGCCCAGCACCAGCGGCGGUGACGGCACCAUGUUCAGGUCCGUCACCGAGUGGCUGGAGUCCAUCAAGAUGAGUCAGUACAAGGAAAGCUUCGCUCGCGCCGGAAUAACCACCAUGGAGCAGGUGCUCGCUCUGAGGCAUGAGGACAUCAGGAACAUCGGCGUGCGUCUGCCCGGUCACAUGAAGAGGAUAGCAUACAGCAUCUUAGGCCUGAAAGACGAGAGCAGCUCCCUCAGCGUGUUCGCCGUGUGAUCUAAGCAUUCCUCCCAAUCAAAGCGCACUGACCGACCAUACCAUUUCACUCACGGGUGACGAGGACUAAAGCAGCAGGAGGGGUGGGGGCGUAACCGAACCUCCCUGCAGGGAUUUUUGUAAUUCUGUGGAUCAUGGAGGACUGGAAAGGAUAUUUGUACUUUUUGAAACUUUUUUUACAUAUAUAUAAAAAAUGGAAAACAUUGAGCGUAUCAUGUGACGUAUAGUUUAUAAAUAAGUGUGUGAGUACGUGCUCCUGUACUCGCUGAAUGACUGAAAAGCUUCUUCUUCCUCUUCCAUCUCCGGCUCUCUCCCGCCGGAGCGUCUGGAUCUUUGUGUUUCUGUGACGGAUGAGGCGUCGGAACUUGGAGUCGUAGUUCCUCUCAGGGCAAAGAGUCACAGAUUCUGUUUUGCUGUUUGUCUCCUUCAUGUUUUUGUUUACAUCAUCUCUUAAUGCAGUUCUGUCCUGUUUUUUAAUUUAAUAUUUAUUUUAUAUUUAUGUAAUUUGUUAUUUUGAAAUGGAUCCAUUACAUGUUUUCUAGGCAUUUUUGAAUAAAAUUAGCCUUUUGAAA